CCAUGCAUAGAUUACGAGCUUUCUUAGUCACAUAACAACUUAUUAAAAACAUAAUAAAAAAAAUCUGUAGCUUCAUUUUAAGGUAGAAUUUUCUGCCGCAAAUGGUUUACGUUGUCGUGAAAAUUCCAAUUUGCUUUACGGCACCGCAUAAAAUGCUCUAUUCUGUCUGUCCUUGUUGACAUGUGCUUCGAGGAUAUUUCCCCUUGAGUGGGUUUAGGAGGGUUUUUGCAAUGCCUUUCAUCACCAGGGUCACCGUCUUCGUGCAGAGGUACCGGUCCGGGCUGCUCCUGGCUGGAUGUGGCGGCCUUUUCUCUGCCCACUUGCUCUACCACGUGUUUCCAGAGCAGACGUACAAAAAGGUGUACCAAGCUUGGCAUAAAGGACAGCCGGCUAGCCUCUCUGGCAAACUGGUGGACAUGUUUCAGGGUGUCCUGAGGGACAUGAACAUCUCCUCUCCACAGAGGUACAAAGCAUUUGCAGCUUAUGGCUUCCAUCCCAUCGGGGCUGGGGUACCAUGGCUGCCCUCUGGGGCACUGGUCGGCCUUCCAGCUAACUUUAACAGCUCCCCCGAUGACAUGGCGGGCAUCACCAACCGUGUGGUCCUGAUAAAUGGUGAGCCGGUGCAGUGGGACAGUGCUGUUGGCAAGGCCUUGAAGGAGGCCCUGAUCCUGUCACCCGAGGCCCAGCGGUUCGGCGUGGCCAGGGAGGUGGCACGCUUGGAGAACGGCUGCCCGAUCCUGCAGGCUGUGGUGGCCCCCACCUGUCUGGCGGGGGCUUGUGCCUAUGGGGUGGGCAUCAAGCAGAUCUUUGGACUAUAUGCCGGCUCGGCACUGCUGCGUGGUGCAGUAACCCUACUGGCUCUGGCUUUGGGGGCGGUGUCCUAUAUCCUGGCGUCUGACGCUGUCAGCCAAUGGCAGGAGUACAGCUCGGACCGGCGGGCCGCCAGCCUGUCUGGGGACUACGCCAGGGGUGGCGUGGAGUUUUACGACAAGCUCCUAUCCAGGAACAGAGUCCUGCGGUUGCUGAUGGGCCCAAAGGGUGAGGAGAUGUACGCACCCAGUGGGAACCUGUUCCCUGCCAGUCUGCUGCGGUUGAAACACGCACCCUACACCGCCAGGAGGGAGGGGAUUGCCAGCCUCCUCAAGGAGAUGGAAACCUAGAGGGAAACAGCCCAAACAGCCUGGGUUCCAGUUUAAGGUGAAACUGGCCAUGUCACCUUGCCAUAGAAGCCGUGCUGACGCCAAAGUCCUCCUGCACGAAUGCACUGGCAAGCUGCCUUUUAUACUGCUCGCUGUUCUGGGGUGAAGCAGGUCUCUAGCAGACUCAACACAGUGGGCUUUUACAGCUGUGCUACGAGACGAGGAAUGCGGGAGUGUCCAAGCGACCGAAAGAAAAAUAUUCCUGUGAUAAAAUAUCCUUAAUUAAAGGUCUAUGAAAGGGUUAAGGCUGGAUAACUCACACUUAAGUGAAAUACUAUUCCCUUGUUACAAUGAUAGAUUUGAAACGUGAGGUGGCUUCAUUUAUAUGUUUUCUUUUGUUUCAGUCAUAUAAAUUGCUUGACUUUAUUGAGCAAACAGGUUCAAUACCUUUUUGUUUCAGGAAUCAUUAAAUAAAAGAAACAUUUAAGUAAAAA